GCAAAAGAAUACAUGUCGAACCCCAUUUUCCUAUCUUCCCGUCCCACGUCGCCUGACGCGGCGGCACAAGUGGGGUAGAGGUGUAUAUCAAGGAACUGGUGUAUCACAGCCCUUGUUUUAUACGGUCUUUCCAGAUCUCUUGUUUGAGGUCAUUUCAAUCCAUAACUCAACUCGGUUUCCAUCAUGUCUUCCCCAGUACAAACCGUCCCUGCUCGCCGCGGAGCAGCCACCCUCGUCAAAAGCGGCCAAAAGAUCAAGAUAACCAACACACAUGGCAACCAAGUAGUCGAUACCUGGGCUCUAGCGCUCCCCUCUUCAACCCUCAUGACCUCAUCUUCCAAGGCCGAAGCUGCACUUUACCCAAACGCGACUGCCGACUCGCCCUCCAAGUACUCGGCCGCUGCCAAUGCCGCUGCCAGUGCGCCCGAAUACAUGUCCAUGUGCCACUGUCGCGCGACGCUGUUGAAAAUCACGCCUGCCGUGGGUGAUGUCAUGGUUAGCCAGAAGAGGGCACCAAUGGUAAAACUAGUGGAGGACACAAGUCCAGGGGUACACGAUACUUUGAUUGCAGCGUGCGAUCGGUGGCGAUACAGUGAACUGGGUGUCGACGGGUACCAUGAGAGCUGCACAGACAAUUUCUGGGAUGCAUUGGACUUACUUUCCGCUGCUGCUUCUCUGACUGCUGAGGAAAAGGAGGCUCUGGAAGUUUUGAAAGGAAAGUUGGGAGGCAGGGUCCCUGAUCCUUUCAACUUGUUCAUGAAUAUCCCCAUCACGCAGGAGGGCGAGGGUGCGAAACGGGGUGUGAGUUUCGAAGAGCCAAAGACAAAGGCAGGAGACUAUGUCGUUUUGGAGGCUCUGCGAGACGUGGUUGUGGUGAUGAGUGCAUGUCCUCAAGAUGUUCUUACCAUCAACGGGAAGAAUCCUGUAGAUGCCCACUUCCAGGUCAUGGACUGA